AUGUGCUUGAGGAUAUUAGUUAUGUUUUUAUUAAAACCAAUCGGUGGUGAAAAUAAAAUAACAAAACUAAUGAUUUUUAUAUCAUAUCUACUGUUACUUCAAUUAGUUAGUGGAUUCAAUAGCCAAAGAUCUAUGUACUCAACAAUCAAUUCAACAAGCUCUCACGGUAACUUUAUGAUUACACGGAUUUUACCAGACGGUCAAGUACAAAAGACUGUCAAGUGGAAUGGGAUUUGCGGCAAAGAGACAAUAGUUAGUUGGGGAGAUAUAAAUGUCACUUUGAGAGAGAUUGGGGCAAACCAGAAGAAGCUACAAUUGAUAUACGAAGGAGAUAGCUUAACUGACUGUGUAGACGAUAGACCAAUUGAUCAGGAUAUUUGUUAUGAUAGUGAUGACGAUGAUGAUAGUGUCUGGACGGGUGACAUUCAAGAGAAAUUUCAAAUUCUUGAUCAAGUUGAAGCGCCACGUGAAAUUAAAUGGAUUGAAUCACAUGAUAAUCUUCAUCGUCGUUGUCAUCUUAUAAAAUCUCAAACAAGAAAUCUAGCGUUACGACAACAUCUUAAACACAGGAUAGUAGAGAGAAGUCUUCAACAGAUGGUAAUAGCGCCAGGAACGAAAUGGUGUGGUCCACAUCGAACUGCUUCUUCUUAUAAAGAACUUGGGGGCUUGAACAGCGUUGAUAGAUGUUGCAGACGACAUGAUCACUGUUAUCGAGCUAUUCCACCUUUUUCCGAACGUUAUAACUUCUGGAAUUACAUGCCAUUUACACUGAGUCACUGUGGAUGUGAUCAAAGGCAAGGUGAAAAUAUCACAAAAAUAAUAAAGAGAUUGCGACGACAUGGACGUCGAAAACGUCGAAAUAGGCGUGAACUUUUUCUGAUGCCUGGUACUCAGUGGUGUGGACGAGGAAAUCGUGCUACUAAAUAUACAAAUCUCGGUGGUUUUGGUAAAGCUGAUGCUUGCUGUCGAAGACACGAUACUGCUUGUCCGUUUUAUAUUCCUGCUUUUGAAACACGCUAUGGCCUCUUCAAUUGGGGCAUUUCCACGCUCAUGCAUUGCACUUGCGACGAGCGCUUUCGAACGUGUUUAAAAAUGGCAAGAACAUCAGCAGCUAAUUUUAUUGGAAGAAUUUUUUUUAAUGUUGUACAGACUAAGUGUUUUAUUUUAAAACCUCAAAAAGUUUGUGAAAAAUCUUCAUGGUGGGGAAAAUGUGAAAAAUAUCAGUAUCGAAAACAAGCACAUUUGCGUAAUAACAUAUCGUAUUAA